CACCUCUAGCAGCUAUUUUUGUUUUGUUUUGUUUCUAAAAACUUCUACAGCGGAAUGACUUGGGAAAACCUGAAUCCAAAGGGGACGGAUCUGGCUGUCCCGCGCUCUGAAGAGCCUACGGAUCAGUCGUUUGUCCAAAAUUACAGAAAACAGUACGGCGAGCCAAGCCUGAAGUUUUUUAAGGGAAACCUGAAGAGUGCCUAUGAAGCAGCAUGUAAUCAGCCAGAUGAUGAGAAAAAAGUGCUAGCCCUUUACCUCCAUCAUUCGGGUAGCGUUCUGACCAACACACUUUGCCAUCAAGUACUCAAGAAUGAUGAAGUCCUCACAACUUUCAAUAAUCUGUUUAUUGUCUAUGGCUGGGAUAUGUCCAACGCCACCGACGCCAACUUUUUUCACGAACAGCUUAGGAAUAUCAUCAGCGUUGAAGCGGCUGAUGCAGCUAAGAACCUUAAAGUGGAACAAAUGCCCGCAUUUCUGAUCAUUGGCCAGGGUACAGAUGGAAGAAUCCCAAAUAUCGCUAUCGUUCAUGGAGACUACGACGAUGACACACUUCAAACACGCCUCCAACUGGAGUAUUCUCUUCUAAGUGGCCUGUAUGAUUAGACAGAUGAUUUAGUUAUGAAAAAGCAAUUAUAACUUAAUGACAUUAUUAUACAAAUGAAA